CGAAGUGGGUCGGUGCUGUUGAAGGUUACGGGACAAAGGCACGGCUGUGCGCGGCAGUGGGCGCGGCUAGCAGGGUAGAAGUUCAGUGAUUACGUACCCUGUGGGCUGUAUCUGAGUUAUAUUCGGUUACAGCUCUGAAGAAUGCUUGAUCUGGAAGUCGUCCCAGAAAGUAGUCUGUCCCAUGAACGAUGGGAAUUCGUUCUAGGCAUGCACUUCUCCCAGGCCGUCUGUGUUAUUCAGCAACAGGUCGGAGUGAUACGAGAUGUCCACAUCAAUUACAGUGACACUAGCCCGCUGGAGCACGAUCUGGUGAUAAACAUGACCCAUGAUGGCAUUCGCCUUCUCUUCGACCCUGUUGGCCAGCGCUUGAAGAUAAUCGAGGUAUAUAACCUGAGCAAGCUUACGGCUAAAUAUUGCACAACGCCCGUGUUCAGCUCCGAAGAGGUGGCGCCAACUAUACAGCAAGUGGACCAGACGUUCGGCGCCACGCACCCGGGCAUUUACGAUAGGGAGCGCCACCUGUUCCUGCUGAACUUCCGCGGACUCACAUUCCAGUUUCCGGUGGAGCCCAAGUUUGAGCCUCGGUUCGCCGGCGGCCUCGGCUCGCUGCAGUUCCCUGGGGGAGGCUCGCCGCUCGUCUCCAGCAUGAGCAUCUACAGCGGCAGCAGCCGCACGGGUACCGAGGCACCUCCCAUGCCCGUGUCGUGCUUCAGCGGACAGGUCUACACAGAGAAGUGUGACGUCAUACGAUCCGAUGACGUCACCAUCGGGGUACGGCUUCGGCUGUUCGCCGCCGGCGACUCGCACCCGGGCCUGGAGGGCGGCCUGGAGACACUGGUGCGCGAGAUCCGCUUCGGUGACUCGUGCCAGGACGUGACCUCGCUGCUCGGCGCGCCUACCAAGGUGUUCUACAAGUCCGAAGACAAGAUGAAGAUCCAUAGCCCGUUCGCGCACAAGCGCGCGGCGUCCCGGCGGUCCGACUUCUUCUUCAACUACUUCACCCUGGGCAUGGACAUUUUGUUCGACGCAAGAACCCAUAGGGCGAAAAAGAUCCUUCUACAUACGAACUUUCCCGGGCAUUACAACUUCAACAUGUAUCACAGGUGUAAUUUCGACCUGGCCGUGGAGCCGCACGCGUCGCUGAUGAACUCGGCCUCCGAGGGCGUGCACAUCCGGGCGCACACCAAGUGGGAUGAGGUGUGCGGCGCGCUGAAGCCCUCCAGCCGGCCGGUGGUGCUCAACCGCGCCUCCACUACCAACACCAGCAACCCUUUCGGCUCCACGCUCUGUUACGGCGUCGAGGACUUCAUCUGCGAGGUGAUGAGCAACGGUCACCUGGCGUCGGUGACCCUGUACCAGCCGGAGGAGGUGUGACCGGGCGCCCACACCCGCUAGCCAACACCAUUGGACCGCGGUGGCCACCGGGGCCGCCACCAACCAGAAAAGUACAAAAAAAGACCGGCUGGUGGCGGCUCUAGUCGGCGGCCCUCGCGCUUGUCUGCGGACGCAUCAAUAUUGGUUAGAGGGUGGCGGCCGGCGGCGGGCGCGGACCGGCGACGUCCGGCGCCCGCCGGGGGCGUCGCGGCGGCGCGCCCCGUCCGCCGGCCGGCCUGCGAGCCGACGAUGGCCGCCGCGCUGGUUAGAGUUAGUCUAGGGAUGGAAUGUGGCGUGUCGGCGAGGCGACGCGCUGGCCUGUGGCCGGCGCGGGGUGUCGCGCCUCCGCGGCUCUUGCGGUUUGUUACCAAGCCACGGACUACCUCCUGCCGGCGGCGGUCGGCGGCGCCCGGCGGCCGCCGUGGGGCCGGCGCGUCUGCCGUGUUCUGGGUCGCGCCCGCCGGCAGGUCGGCCGCCGACUGCCGCGCCGGCGGCCGUCGCCUGCGCGUGACAGGCCCGGGGAGUGAGGCUUGUCGUGCUUUGAGUGUAGGGUGUGUGCUGACGGCGCCUUUCGCCGCCGCCCGGCUCUGUGGGCCGUCGUUGAAUAGGCGGCCGGGGAGUGCCCGCCAGGAGAUGCGUUGUAGUGUCGGCCGUGUCCAGCCUGAUUGCGCCUCGGCUUC